AUCUCCUCUUCAGCCAUCACUAGUUAGACAAGCUAGCUGGCUAACAAACUACUAACUAGCUAUUGGUUGUAGUUUAUCAGGAUUGUGAUAUUUCCCACUGCUUCUUCGUAAUCCCCGGGGAGGGUUGUGGUUUUGGCAAGCCACGGUUAAACCUUAGCCUUCCGAACGAGUAACAGUCUGGUCAUGGUCUAACUCCAGGAAGAAUGAAGCGCAAGAACUCUUUCAAGGAACAUGAGGGCCCAGCCCGGCCUGGUGCGGUUGUUGACCCCCUUAAGAGCUUGGUUGGCUGUCAAAUCCAACAUGGCUGGAGAGAUGCCCCGGGAAAGAUCUCCCGCUGGAAAGGCAUCGUACUAGACCAAGUCACCAUCCUUCCCUCCCUCUACCUGGUCAAGUAUGAAAAUGUGGACUGUGUCUAUGGCAUCGAGCUGCUGAAAGAUGGUCGUGUGCAGAAACUGGAGAUAGUGUCAAAUCGCAUUGACUCUUACCGGGCGAUAGACAACAAGCAGGCAAGGUCCAUGCUGGGCCGGGCUGUGCAGCACAAGUUUGAGAAUGAAGAUGGCUCCAAGGAUGAAUGGAGGGGGAUGGUGCUCGCCCGAGCUCCUAUCAUGACCCCCUGGUUCUUCAUCACCUAUGAGAAGGACCCUGUUCUAUAUAUGUACCAGCUUUUUGAUGACCUCAAAUCAGGGGACCUCCGGUUUAUUCCAGAGGAGUCGGCCCAAGAGGAGCCGGAGCCAGGUGAGGUCGUGGACAGCCUAGUGGGCAAACACGUGGAGUACAGUCGGGAGGAAGGGGGCAAGCGAAUCGGCCUGGUCAUCCAGCAGGUGGAGGCCAAGCCCUCUGUGUACUUCAUCAAGUUUGAGGAUGACUUCCACAUCUACGUCUAUGACCUUAUCAAGGCUUAGGCAAAACACUGCCUUUUCCUUUUAACAAAAGAAGUUUUGUAUCCUGUCACUAACCAUGUAUGAUUUUCUCCUUCCACUAAAUGUCUCUGUUUCCUUUGUGGACUGAUAAUCUGUGAUUAUAACUUCGCCAGUGUUCACCACAUUUGUCAAGUGGAUUAUUAAUCAGUCCAUCUGAUCAUCCUAAUUUCGGGCCACUCCUGUCAGAACACUGGAUGUUGAUUGAACUCUCAAGUUGUGGACCUCUCUUAUUACCUCAUCUUUAGACAUGACGUGUAGUUUUCUGACUUAUAACCUGCUCUGGGUUUGGGACAUUUUCAGAACUUCCUGUGAGUUUCUUCUUAUCUUUUUGUUCAUAUUUUAUUGUUUUGUGUACCAAAGUGAGUAUUUACAUUACAUGAAUAAUCUCUUUAUCAGUAAAUCGCCAAUGAUGCAGCUACAUCAAAAUGCGGAACACAGCAGUUUCACUUAUAUGGGUUGUAUCAAUCAGUUUUGCAGUGUUUUCAGUAGCUUAUGCCUACUUUGCUUCACCAGUCACACCUGUUUUUAUUAUUUGAAAAUGAUAUCUUUAUUGUUAGCAUUAUCUUAAGUAUGCUUACUUUUUUUUUGAUGUGGCCUCUGUUGUAGUAUGUAGUCAUUUUGUACAGUUUCAGUAAUGUGCCCGAUUUCAAGUGCACUUCAGAGCAUCUGUCUUCCAUGAGCAUCAGAUGUAGACAAACGUGCCUUUACUAUUCACAGUUUGCCCUCUUGAUACAAGAACCUUGAAACGGGGAGAGUUUUGCUUAAAUGAUCCCUUUUGGAGAUUUAGACGGCAGUGUAAGAAUCUGUGAUUAGAGGGGCAUCACGACUCCAGUUAACAGAAAUGUCUUCAGUCAGACGUUAAAUGCAUGUUUCUUUAAAUUGGAUUUACUUCAAAGUCAGAACUAGCCCUGUGCUUGGUGGAUUAAUAUAGAAUUCUCCAUGGGGACAACACAAGUCUCAUGACCGAAUGUGAUCCUUGUGUGUUUGGCAGUAAAUGUCUAUCAGAAAGCUAUUCAUAGUACACUGUCCGCUUGUUGUUGUAAAAUGUGUAUACAUUCUGUCAUUAUAUGCAGUUGUGAGUGAAUGGUAGACUUAUGUAGUCUGGGUUUGUGGCUCUGAAAUUUUUCGUCUUGAGUUGUUUCAAUUGUCAGAUGAUUAUCAUUUUAUUACUAUGACUGGAACACAUGCAAACAAGGCCCCAUUAUAAGGUUUGUCAUUUUCUAAUAAACACUUUUUUGUGAGGAAAGGA